GGCUAUUCGUCACCUACUGGGUGUGAUCUGCAUAAGACACAGUGUGAUGCGGAAUCAUGGGCAUGCAUCGCAAGUUUACCAGUGUCUCUCUGCAUGGAUACCUAUCGUGACUAUGGCAGUCACUAACAGACCCUGUUUCGCCAGGCUGAUCUACCUACCCCAGGAUCCCUAAUUUGCUCCAGAUGGGGAGAAAACUGGAGAUAAGUCCUGGACGUCACCACCGCAUGAAUAAGCAUCUCCACUGCGGUGGAUUUCUGGCGAAAACGGCAGAUGCACAGUCGCAAACGAAGCCCAGUCCCCACCACCAUGUCGGAAGACGGAUAAUUCUGAACGCGGCCAGCUCCACAUCAACUAGGAGAAGCAUUCGCGUCUUCCUUACCCUGAGGGAGCCAGUCCACUAGAAAAUGUCAAGCACAGGGCGGGGGAGGCCUUCGAG